AGCGAGUUCCUGAUUGGUCCACCCGACUCAAAUCUCAGCCAAUGAGAAAGGUGCGCAGUAGAUUUGGAUCCGCAGCUGAAGCACUUUUGUUUGAGCUGAGCUCUCGUCUAAGAAACAACACGACAAACCUGGACUAUUUACAACAGUUAAAUGCACUGCAGGCGUUUCUCGUUCCUAAACUAAGCGACCGAAUCAAACGAGUAGGAAUUGUAAAACACGCAGAUCAAAGUGCAGCCGCUGCAGAGUUUGUUUGCAGAGGAUAAAGGAGCCAGCCAUGCCCUUCACUAGGGGAAAGAAGCCCGCUCUCGCCGCUGGGAGCAAGAUACCCAAGCUUAAUGCAACAACGAGUGAGAACCAGGAGGAAGGCCCACAGGUGAAGAGGUCCUCCUCCCCUCCUCAUGGAGCCCCGAAGAAGAGGACUGCUUUUAUCGACAUCACUAAUGCUGUCGGUCAGUGUCUGUCAGAGUGUCGGCCCAACAGCGAUGGCAGCUUCAGGACAGCUCAUAAGGUUCAGAUCAGCCUUCCAGGGAGGAAGAAGGAAGCGGGCAAGAAGCAGGUGAAGAAAACGAGCGCCCCCUCGGUGUCGGCGAAGAAUCAUGCCAACCUGACAAAGUCUUUGUCGGUGAGCUCAGACGGCUCGCCCAAUGAGAAAGAAAAGGCCGAUUCAGAGGAGGGGAAUGAAGAGGAGGUGCAGAAGGCUGUAGCGGCUCCAGUAGAAGAGCUGGUUGCUGCUGCGCACCCUGCUGCCCGGGAAGUGCCAGCACACCUUCAGAAACAACCAGUAAGGGAAAUUCAAAAGGAGCUUCUGACCUGUACAAAUGUUGUAGAAAGGUUUGUCGUUUCCUCCUUUACCUUACUUCUCCUCACCUUUCGCCCAGAGCACUCUUGCGAUCGAGGAGUUUUCCACUUCGCACUCAACUCUGAGGAAAAGUUUGUCCUCUGUAACUACAUGCCCCAGCAGCCCAGCCUCAACCCAGAGAUGAGGGCAAUCCUGAUCGACUGGCUGGUGGAAGUGCAGGAGAACUUUGAGCUGUACCACGAGACCCUGUACCUGGCCGUAAAGAUGGCAGACCACUACCUCUCCAAGACUCCGGUCCACAGGGAGCUGCUGCAGCUCGUCGGCUCCACCGCCAUGCUCAUUGCCUCCAAGUUUGAGGAGCGCAGUCCGCCUUGUGUCGAUGACUUUCUUUAUAUUUGCGACGAUGCGUACAAGAGGGAGGAGAUCAUCUCCAUGGAGGCCAGCAUCCUGCAGGCGCUGUCCUUCGACAUCAACAUCCCCAUCCCCUAUCGGUUCCUCAGACGCUAUGCCAAGUGUGUGAAUGCCGGCAUGGACACGCUGACCCUGGCCCGGUACUACUGCGAGAUGAGUCUCAUGGAGAUGGAGCUGGUGUCCGAGAGAGGCUCGCUGCUCGCCUCAGCCUGCCUGCUGAUGGCGCUCGUCACCAAAGACCUGGGAGGAUGGCGUCCCAUCCUGCAGUUCCACUCGGGCUAUCAGACGUCAGACUUGGCACCUGUUGUCCGAAAACUCUACGAGAUGCUUUUAGCUCCUCCAGACGAUAAACUACGAGCCGUCAGGAACAAAUACUCGCACAAAGUGUUUUUUGAAGUUGCUUCCCUGCCAUUGGUCAACGUUGACAUUUUGGACAAGGCGUUAUCUCAGUGAGAUGUCGCCCCUCCCUCCCUCCCCCCAAAAAAAAAUAUCUUGCCAGUAUAAAUUGAGUGAGAAUACUUUUAAAAAAGAAAGAAAAAAGAAUUCCCUCAAACCUGUAUAUAAUGUGUUAAUAUGUUUAAUAUUUAUACAUGUAGUCUAGCCAGUCUUUUAUGUAAUAUUGGAAAUAAAUCUUUAAUUCCAGUUUGUGAUGGAAAAGAGUUUUAAUGUGGGCAUGUGUUAAGUUCUGCCAGUUUAUUAUGUUAAGGUUUUUAAUAAUGGCAUUUCAGUGUUGCAUUUGGGUACACUGUUUGGCAUUCAUUUUAUAACAUUUUGAUGAGAAGAAAAAAACGAGAGAAAAAUUCAUUAGUAAUUUGUAAGCUCCGUCUCCCCAUCAUUUUAAGAUGACUGGGUAGUGAAAUUUAGUAAAUUGCUUACUUUUUACUGAUGAAUUAUGCACCGGCCCUCAAGUUUUUAUCAGUUUUUAUAAAUUGUUGAAGUUAGCAGGUGUGCGUGUGUAUUUCCAUACGUUGUACAGUGUUUAUCAUGUUAAUAUCACUAUGCUAAUUAUUUGUAUAAAAGACGACCAAAUGAUGCUGUGCUAUUUUUAAAUGGCUGACAUGCGUACUCUUAAAAUAAAGACGUUUCUCUUUUUUUA